GUUAUAUACUGGCGCAUAUAAACGCAGCUUCAAUGCAUUUCUAAAACAGUAUCUACCAGGCACCUGCAUGAUGUAGCACACAUACCAUACAGUAGGUACCUUAACAGGGUGGGAAUGAGGGGCAACAUAACCCAAUUGUUCCGCCCAGAGCCAAAGUGAAUACUAUGAAACCCCUCCAAGUGAUCUCGCGGCCGAUCUCCAUCGGAAUUAUGCUCGAACAACCCUGUCCCCUCCCCCCUGCGUGUCCCCUGACGAGACAAUCCAGCACCAAUCGAUGGCCCCUGCUGACGACCACGCUAGUCGGCCACAACCUCCACGUCUACCGCGUACACCGCCCCACUAUCCACAGGCCGCACGUCCGCCGAGCGGUAUUCCCGAUGGGGGCGCCAAGCCCGAUGCGAGGGUGGUCGUCCGCUACCUUCCUCAGACUGAUGCGCACCCAGCCCUUCGUCACGGGGACGCGGUACCGGUGUAGUAUAUGUAUUUCUUGCCCUCGCGUGUCGAGGUAUCGCAACGUAAUAAAGAUAUCGAUCUCUAAUGGGUUCGUCUCCUUCUGCGACAAACUCGACGCUGACACGUUCAGGUGGACUACAACGUGGUCCGUAAAUUCCGUCUCGUCGGCAAAAGGAACCGUGACGAAUUGGACAAUCUGGGGAUCUUUAAUAUCGGCCUCUGCAUCGUUAUACCCGACGUUCUCUUUCUGUAAAACUAGACUAACCUUAGGGGCAAAACCGGUCGAUCACCCUUCAGUGUCAUGCUCUUAAGAAAUGCGUCCAAAAAGCUCUUCUGUAACUCUACGUUUUCCUGCAAACAGAGGGGCCUCCACUCGGCAAUUUAAUUGUAGGUUGCACGGCAUCACAAUCCGAUUUCACUGUAAUGCACGAUAUACUUCCGGUUUUGCAUUUAAACGCAAUAUUCCU